AUGCACCGAAGACAGAAAGGUUCAAAUAUUGGACUAUUUCUGCUACUUUCUCAGAUUUUCCAAGUUGGAGUUUCUAACAUUCCACCUGUGACACUUGCCGCUUUGGCAGCAAACGUUUUUCUCUUUUUACAACCCAUGAAACGACUGGAUAAAACAUGCAUCAGUGUCACCGAGUGUCUUUACAGAAGAGAUUGGCAUCGUUUGUAUCUUUCACCAUUUCACCAUGUGGAUGAUUGGCAUCUAUAUUUUAAUAUGGUCUCCCUGCUUUGGAAAGGAAUUAAGUUGGAGAGGAGGCUUGGAAGUUUUUGGUUUGGAUAUAUCAUUACAAUAUUUUCUCUGCUAAUUGGAGUUGUGUACAUGCUUCUGGAACUUGCUGUUGCAGAACUUCUGGAUGUUCCUUCAUACAAACAGAGUUGUGCUGUUGGCUUUUCAGGUAAUAUAUCCACUGCUUUUUCACAAGAUUAAUAUUUUUUACUGGAAAUGCUAGCUUUUCUAAAGAAGGAUCAUAUUUUGGAGUUAAAAUCAUGUUCUUGAAGGGCAUGAUGAGCACAAGGUACUUAUGAACAUACUUAUUUUCAGUUACAUAACUAAUUUUGUUAGCUUCAUUCUGUUUUGUGGGCAUGCUUAUGAUGCAUUUUCCCCAAUCAUCCCAACAGAUGCAGUUUUAGGAUUGUGCCCUAAAUUUAAAUAAUCUUGAAGGACAUAACCAGAUUUUUGUGUUCAUAUACUUCUUCGUAUUAUUAUUUUUUUAAAUGACAACUCAAAGUGAAAUCAUUAAAAUGCACAUGCAGCUAGAUUUUCAUAUUUAUCUGUCGCUACAACCCAUACCAAAAUACUGGUAAAUUAUUUUGCAGUAAAUACUGACAGAAAAUUGGAGAGUCGUGUUUGUCUUUUUCAUCUGUUUGAAGUGUGAACAAAGACACUUAAUGGAGCACGGAAGCAUUUUAAGAAAAAGCAAAACUUCUAUGUGCUUUGUUUUUCAUAUUACAUGAGAAUUUCUCUUAAUAUGUUUUUCUGCUUCAUUUUGAUCCAGGAGUAUUAUUUGCUUUGAAAGUUCUUAACAACUACUAUCACCCAGGUGGAUCAAGCAACGUCAUGGGAUUUAUUAUAUCCAAUAAAUAUGCUUGUUGGUUGGAACUUGUAGCAAUUCACUUACUGAACCCAGGGUAAGUAUCCUUUGACUUAUCUACAACUUGCGUUAAAUAAUUAUACAUGUAUAUGGAUGUCAUUAUGAAUAGAGUAAAGCCUGCAUCCCUUCUGGAUUGUAUGUUUUUAUAAGAAAACUGGGGAACAUGUUCAAAUGGCAUAUACAGAGAAGCUUUCUGGGGAGGAAAAUGUAUUUAUUUCAUUUCAAAGAAAUAGGGCUGUUUACAAUAAAGUAAAACAGCAUAUUUUUAUGAUAAAAUAUGCAUAGGAAUUAAUUUUUAUUGUACCUUUGAGCUUUUAAUGACAUUUACAUUUUGUAAGUGAGUUUUUGAGACAUAGAUUAGGCAUAGAUUAGCAUAGGAACUACAUUUACCACAUCACUGAUAAUCAUGUCUCGUUUAUGUCCAUUGUAGUUCUGCUAGUUUGCAGUGCUUGCUUCCUGAUUCAGAGCACCCUACCCUUAACAUCAGUUUUGAAAGUGUUUCACCCUCCUUCUUGCCACAUAUUCUGGUUUAUGUGACUUACCCCUUCCAAACAUUGAAGUGUUGUUGUUUUGAAUCCAAGCAGAUUGUUUUGAUUUAAGCAGGCUUUCUUUUUCAUACUUCUUUUCUAUCCUUUCUUACUGCUUAGAACAUAGCAAUUUUAAAAUAAUCACAAACCCAAACUGGGUUGUUGGGUCUUUUUUGGAAAAAUAAGCAGCCAGGGUGCAGAAAUCCAUCUUAAACUUUAAAAUUGAGCUGAAAAUAUAUGGGUUGCUGAAGAGAGUAGGAAAGGUUUCUAUCCCUCUCCAGUUCAAGGGGUGUGUUUGUUUCCUUUCCCCACACAGGUUCUUUUUUGUCAACUCUCCCGCCCCCAACUCAUUUUUGGCCUCGUUGAUUCAGCCUUCUCAAAUCACACCUGCUCUUUACUCAGUUUCUUUCCUAACUCCCUCUACCCUCCCACUCAUUCUUCUGCCUUGCCACUAUGUGUGAACUGAUGCAUCAUACCCAUCAUAUACAGUUGCUUUUCUGUAUAGUUACAAGUUCCCUUUCUUCGUCUCACAAAUUCACUUACUUAAGUAAGAAUUCAUUUUCCUCUCCACUUUAGAAGAUGGCUACCAUUAUUAAUGUGUUGAAUUGCAAGUGCACAUAAACUUUUAUUAUCCCCUUGAGGCUUGCUGUAUCAAUAAGUGCUCAGAAUGGGAUGUGCCAACCAUCAUCCUCUUCUAUUCCAGUGUAGGCAAAAUCACUGGUCAAAUGUUUAAUAUAAGAGUGGCAAUCUCUUUCUUUGUUUAUAGCAUUUUUUAUUCUGAGAGCUGCUAAAUCCAGCUCUUAGGGGCAAACGUUUUACUGGGCAAACGUUUUAACAUGUUCUUUUCCUGCUUAAUCUUUGUCUGCUUUUUGUUAUGCCAGUAUAAUAUACAGUAACUGGUAAGGGUGUUCCUGUUGGCUGCCUCGAAAUCAGAAGAUUCAUACCCCACUGGAAGAGUUGACUUUGCUUUUGAACCUGAGAAUCUCCAAGAAGUGCUAUAAGAUCUUGUAGGGGUGGCUUUCAUUGCCAGGAUUAGGGUAUUUGCUUGGAUUUUAAUUUUAUCUGCAAGCUUUACUGAUUAGAGUCACCUUAAUUUGUUUGGAAAUUGUUGUUACCUGCCCUGUACAAAGAACAAUGUCUGUCAUUGUUAGGUAAUAGCCUGAUAGGAUAAGAUGCAAUAAUCUGUGAUGGCUGAUUCCAUGACAACUGCUGAUAACAGUCUCAAGUAUUCAGAAUAUCAAGUGGUAACAGCAGUUACCACUUGCAUAAAGUAAGGAAUGCAGUUGGUAUCAUUUUUCUAUAGUGUAUGCUUUUUAGCAAGAGGUGUUUUGGAAACAGUUUCUUCUGUUGUUUGUUGAAGGACUGGAAUGUUUUAAUUAAUUUUUAGAGAUAUACAAUACUGUGCAUGAAAUGGGUAUUUUCUUGGUGCCACAUAGGGUUCCUUCCUUCCCCUGCUUUCUGUCGUAAGUGAAGAAAAGGUUCUGAAUGAUGCUAACUGGAGAACUACCACUUUUAGUCAAAUUGGGGCUGGUAAAUCCUUAUUCAACACUUCAACUUAAUUGCAAAAUAACCAGAAAUGGGAAUGCUAGCUAACAGUAAGGAACAAUAGAAGUUUUCUGUACAGAACAGCUUUAAAUCAGUUGGUUUUUGUUUAAUCCAGGCUCAUUUGCAUUCAAAUACUGUCUCAUCUCUAUUAUCCUUUACUACACAGCCUACUUUGUAUAGUUUUAAUUUAGCAAUAAAGAACAUAAAUUGUGCAGUUGGCUGUAUCUACCAUGGGUUUAUUUCCAUGAUAGGCUAUGCUUUCUCCCCCUCUUGGCUUGAGGUUUUGUGGAUUUUCUCACUAGGAGUCAGUUCAUCCAUUCUUUUAUCACUCUGUUUUUAAGCUCACUUUAUUUAAUCUGGCCUCUCAGUAGAAAGGAGGUAAACUAAUAAUAUAGUCUCAGUUAUAAGUCUCCAUCAAGACAAAACUCUUUGAACUUUUCCAGAUCAAACUUUCACAAAACAAAAGAGAUGUGACUUGAGAACGUUCACACCCAUCUUCUACCCCUCAACAAGCAGAUAAAAGAAAUGUGAAGAAGCAGAGCCACAUAGGUCCAGAGCUGCUACAGUUUCUGCUUUCAGCCCAAUAAAAGGCGAUUGGAGUGUUUUGGAAGGAUGCUUAUGGUGCAUUUUGGCCAUUUGUGAAUGGAUGUGGAAGGGAGACAUGGUUAAAAUUCUAGCAAGUUCUAGUUUGGUGUAUGCCUAAUACUCUAGCUACAGUUGGAUACUAAAAGGGGAUUUUCAAGUGACUUGUAAUGAUGAACUCAGUAAUUCCUCUCCCCAGCUUUUUAUGAGCCAAGCUUGCCCCAGUGCCAUCACUCCUUGCCACUGCUUCUCCCCUCCUCCCGCAAGCUUACCUAUAGGGAAGUUUUUCUAUAAGGCUAUCCUUCCUUCCUGAUGGCCAUCUGGAAUGAAAAAAGUGCCCUAAGGGCACUAAGGACCCUAGUAUCUCUUAAUUUUCUAGGGAACCUGAGUAAUUAGUUUGAAUAUUAGAUGUCUUGGAAACUACAUGAUCCUUGCCCCUUGAAUGCUGUCAUUUUUCUAUCUAUUAUCUAUCUAUCUAUCAUCUAAAGUAACUUGUUAUUUGAAGUUAACUUAAAAGAACAAUCAUCUUGCAAACACCCAGUAUUUUUUCAGUGAUGUUUUUUCAUGCUAAUGUUGUUUAAUUUUUUGGCUAGUUAGUAUCUGUCUGUGCAAAAAAAGUCUCAGACCAGAUUUGUGCCAAGUUUCAGUUUUUUCUGUGUUGUGAAAAUCCUUAACCAUUUUGAUGCACCUGUCAGUAAGUGAGCAAUAGUUCUUAACUGAUAGGUAAACCCUAACUUUUUCUGUAUUGGAAUUUGCAGAAUUAAUAAAGUCUCUGAAUAUGGCUGUACAAGUUAGUACAUCAGAGGAGCCCUAUUGGAUCAUAAAUAAUCCAUAAAGACGACAGUGUUCUUUUCGCUCAUUAUUUCCCCCCAAAAUUGGACAGUGAAAUACAUGUUGUUCCUUUGGUUAUAUUAAAGUCUUCACAAUUUAAAAUGCACCAAGUGGAGCAUAGGCUGCAAACUGACUAAUUGGUCUGAUUUGGGAUAAUGAGGGUACAGAAUGUAUCUAAUCAUGAGCAAUACAACCUCUCACAAAGGAUUGCUUUCUUUUUAGGACGUCUUUUGCAGGGCAUCUGGCAGGUAUUCUUGUUGGGCUAAUGUACACCAUGGGACCUCUGAAGAUGCUCAUGAAAGCAUGCUCAGGUAUGGAAUGAUGACCCUGAGUCUUACCAAUAAUUCACAGUUCAGUGAAUUGAAUUGAACAUGAAUACUUAGCUUUUACUUCAUAAGUUUCAAGCCAUCCUUAUGUGGUGUUUCUGUCCAUUAAGUGUGGAUUUGCAUCUGCAGUUACGUUCACAUUGAAUGGUUUGACAAAUCCUUAACACAUUAUAAUUUAUCGUCUAGGAGAUUAGGAACAUCAGUUCUCAUUUAAAGUGGGGCAUUUGAACUGUUCUUGUGUGGGUUAUUCAUGUGGACACACAAUAGCAGAGCCUUGACAAGGUGCCCGUAUCUAUCAUAAAGAGGGGAGUGAUUGUUGUGUGUUUUAGAAACCAACAUGAAUUCACUUUAAGGGAUCCUCUUUGCAAGGAAUGUCCUCCUGCACAUAAUGUGUAUGUGAACAGUAUGGCAGGGAGGAAUAUACCCUGAACACAAAUGGCAUGUGAAUCAGCUCUGCUUUCGUAAGCAAACUUGAAUUAAAAAGUGCCAUCUUUCAUGAGCUGCAUACUUUUACAUGUUUCAAUUUAAAGGCAUGUUUGCAAGACAGGGGUCCUAUGUAUUUUGUUGUAUUUUAGUGGUGGCUGCCACUAAAACAGAGUACAAUGUUCUAAAUAAAAUAGAUAUGCUAGCUUUGCAAACAGCAGUUGAGGGACAUUUUCCCUACAGUUUCAGUAUCCUCCUUUCCCACCUCAUCUUAGGUAUUGCUGUUCAGCUUGUUAGAAGAAAAUUGUCAAAACUCAAUAGACAUGUUAACAGGAUGGAAUUGUAACAGUUAUACUUCUAGAUAGAUGAAUCUGUCAAAUUCAAAGUUGUAAAAGGGCAAUAUGAUAAAUGCUUAUGAAUAUUAAAUACAUUCUUGCUAGGUGGCUUUCGCUCUCAAACUGACUUUUCAGAACAAAGAAACAGAUACAAUUCAGGUAAGUAACUUAGGUUGUACUUGCUUAUCUGAAAGUGCUCAGGAAAUAUCAUAGCAGAUUGGAGCACUCUUCUGUUUCUGUAGUGCUUCAAUCUGCUUUGUGGUGCCUCUGCCUUUUUCUCAGUGUCAGGAAUGUAAAUGUUUGAAUACCAUUGCCCUCUUUGAGUCAAGGGAAGUAUGGUGUUUGAUCUAUACUGGGUUUAGCCACAAGGUAGGGAUUGCUCACCAAUUCUCCUUCCAUUAACCAGAUUUAAAAAGUGUGUAGCUAUGGUGGUUUUGGAGUUGAGGCGCUGAUUUGUGUUGUGAGAGUGUGUUCCCAUACAUGCUCUGAUUAGGGCUGGGCUUAGGUUUUCAACAUCGCGAUGUAUCGUCAGCAAAACAUCGCAGUUUGGCGAUACACCGCAAUGUUGAAACAAGCUGCAUUAGCCCCAGCUGGCGAGGCACUGGGAGAAACUGCCUUAGCUCUCAUGGCAGGACCUGAGGAGCUUUCAGCUCAGCGUCUGGCGGGCUGGGGACAAUGCAGCUGGCGCCAGCCUGCUGCUCAGCUGUAGGCAAGAAAGCCUCCUGCCCCCAACUGAGCGAGCCCUGAUGUCCCGGUGAGCAGAAGCGAGAUUGGGGCUGCUCAGCUGGGGAACAUGAAGCCCCUGCUUCCCAGCUGAGAGAUCCAUUGACCCCACUCCUGCUUGCAGGAGCAGGAUUGGGGCUGCAGACUCCGUCAUGCUUUUCCAUUGAGGGGUGUGCGGCUGUGUUCCCCUCAACAGAGAAGUUUAAAGGAGCACUGCCUGGCCAGGCGGAGACAGGCGGCUGCAUCAAAGGCAGUGCAGGGACUCUCAGAUGCAGCUGCUAGGCUGUCUCCACCUUCCCUAAGCACAGCCCAUGUUCCGCCUGACUGCCUUCACAUGGUGCAGGGGGUCUGAUUCCAAGGUGGGGGCUCUUUUAAACUUUUCCCUUGAGGGGAGUGCAGCUGAGCACCCUCAGUGGAAAAGUGUCUUGGAGCCUGCCACCUCGCCAGCUGAGCAGCCCCGAUCCCGAUCCUACUUGAGUGCAAGCAGGAGUGGGGUUCGGGCUCCCUCAGCUGGGAAGCAGGAGCAUUUUAACAGAGGCUUCUGCAAGCGGUAGUGGGUUAGAGGCUCCAUAAAACUGCCUGGCUGAGGCGAGGGCAGAGGUGCACUCCUCAGCCAAUCAGUUUAAAGAAGUAGAGGGAGGAACAAGCUGUAUUGGCACUUUGCCCAUGCAGAUUGUUUCUCUCUCUGCGGGUAUGAGGGGCAGAUCACUGGCAGUUUAAUUCAGUGGUAUAUCGCUAGUGAAACCACCGCUGCUUGAGUCCCUCUGCUUCUAGCACCAGCAGCUUGUUUUUCCCUCAGUAUGCUGGGUGCUGGAGGAAGAGGGACUCGGGAACGGUGGCUGUUUCACUAGCUAUAUACCACUGAGGGAGGUUGUCAUCGCAGUCUGCCCCUCAUACAAGUCCUGGGCGAUAUAUUGAUACAUCGCCCAGGACUAUCUGAUGGGGGGAGGGGGAUAUGCCCACUCUUCCACCUCUGGCAUGCAGUCCCUGGAGGGGUUGCACUAGGACAACACAACCUCAUACUGGAAAAUGUUAGUCACCUGAUCUGAUAUAAUAACUUCUUGCAUUUGAUUUAAGAAAAGAGACAAGUACCGUAUUUUUCCAUGUAUAACACGCCCCCGUGUAUAAGAUGAGCCCUACUUUUGGGGACCCCAAAUUAAGGAAAUGGGAGAUUGCCGACAAUCGCUCACCCGCCUGACCGCCGCUGGCAAUCGCACACCUCGCUGAAGCCAUGAAUCGUCUGCCUGCUCGCCGCCGAACACCUGCCCAAUUGCCGCAGCAGCCAAUCGCCAGCAGGCCUUGCUGCAGCCACCAAUCACCUACCCAAUCGCCGCUGACAGUCUCCUGCUCGCGGUUGCUGCCAAUCGCCCAUCCCCCCUCUGCACUAUCCAUGUAUAAGACGACCCCCAAUUUUAAACAUUUUAAAAUAAUAAAAAAAAUCUUAUACACAGAAAAAUACGGUAUUUGAGAGGUCUACCUAGCCGGGGUGUCCUGUAUUACCAGAUGUGUUAGGGCUGGUGAGCUUUCUCUCAGUGAUAGGUGGAAAGGAGAGCAUUUUGGUUUAUGCUGGUCUUUUAAUUGCUGCUCUGUUUAUCAGAAGAUGAUUAUCCUUGUUCAUGAAUAAAAAGAGCAAACAAAGUACCAUUAUUCAUGUACACCCUGAUCAUGCUGAGCACACACAGCAGCCUAAUAAAAGAAAUUGGAAUUGUGUUGAUCAACUAUUUUAUGGGGAAGUGAGAUCAUCCAAUGGGUAAAUUCAGCUCUUGGCUCACCCUUGCAAGCUAUCACUGGAGUACUAGACAUUUUUACUAGACCACACAGAGUGGAGACUCAGUUGCUGGAUUGGGCUUAGGAAUCAAACAUACAGAAUCCACUUACAUGUCUGAUUAUCAGUGCAAAUAGGGACAUGUGCAAAAAAGUUGGGUUUGCAUCCUUUUAGGGCCUAGCUGAAUUGCAACAGGCUUUAAUAGAAUCUUUUUCUUUUUUGUGAUUACUACAGUAAGCACAGCAUUUUUCCUUGCACUAUUACCUACCUCUUAGUUCUUAAAAAGCAAGUUACAGAUAGAAUGGUCAGUAUCCAGUGAGGUUCUACCACUAACACAAAUACUUCCACUUGAGGAAUGGAACUUGCCCUUCCUCUCUUUCUCCCCACACCCCCAUACCCUCUACAAAUCUGCUCCGGAGGGUUGAGGGAAAACAUAGAACAAAUUCAAUACUGUAAUUUGAUAUACAGUAGUAGUCACUCCUGGUAUCACACUUUCUUUCUCUGUGUGUGAUCUGUGUAGAGAAUUUUAGAUACCCGGGUUACCCAUCACACUCAUCGAGAGAUUACAGCAUGUAUACUGGUGGACUGAAUGAAGAAGAACAGGUUGAAAGGGCCCUCAGAAAUAGUCUGAAUGAUAGAGGUAAGAAAUCUCACUUUCUACUGAGAACCUAUGCAGGGUGUAUUACGUGUUAAGGAAUCAUUGUUCAUGUUUAUGUAGGUCUGCUGUCUUAAAAAUAAAAUGAAGCAGAGCCUCAUAAAUUUGUAUUUUCUUUUUUUCCUGUUGUUCUCGAAGUUUAACUAUGUUCAUGGUUUUGAUCAGGAUGGUCCUGGUCUGUCUCCUUCCAAGAUUCAAAAACGUACUCUUCUCUCAUUACAAUGAAAAACAUCAACAAUAUCACAACGUGCAUGAAAUCUCUAUUCAGGGCCAACUGAGAUGUUGAGUGCAGUGCUGGUCAGUAUUUAUGGUUGGGGAGCAGACCUGAGUGAAGGCUGUAGUCUCCAGGUCUGCUCCCCAAGCCACAGCGAAUUGGUUAGUUCAAAUAGUGGGUCUGGCAGGGACCCGUGAAGCACUGCAAUGGCCGGGGGAAGUUGCAGUGCCUGAAACAAAGAUGGCGAGGUGCAGUGGGGCGUUCUGGAGGUGCUGCGUUAGGUCACAAUUGGCACUCGCCACAAAGACAGGCAAGCGGCCAUUUCCUGCUGACAUUUCCAUUCAACCCAGUGGUAGAAUAACAGGCACUUAAUCCCACAUCGUAACACCUUGCCUGGUACUCCAGGCUUCUACUUGGUGCCAUCCCUGGUUAAUAAGGAACUUUCAUAGAAUUGCAGAGUUAGUAGGGACCAUAAGGGACAUCUAGUCCAACCCCCAACCCCCGCAAUGUGGGCCUCAAACCCACUACCCCGAGGCUAAGAGUCUCAUAUAUAACACAGAUCUUUUUGUGAGUGCUCUUUCCUAUUUUCAACCACAAUUCUUGAAAUAUUUUUUCAGUAGCAGGUGCAGUGUUGGCUUGCAGACUAGUCUUAAAACAGGUGGUUUUGGCACUCCUAUCUUAAAGACGCAAUGGAACAACAUGUCUGAAAGCAUAUGGGGCCUUCAUUUUAAAUUUACUAUUAGGACCUAGAAGGCAGGGAGCCUGGAAAUGCCGCUGCUGUUUUGUAAAUGAUUUUAUUUGAAGAGUAAACAGCAGAAUAAAUUGGUCAGAAACUAAUGACGAAUUACUAAAAUAAUUUCUGAGUUUGAGGUUUUGUGUGUGGAGUUUUUAAAAACCAGUCUCUCUUGCUUUAGGGUUUGGGGAUGAUUGAGACUUUUUUACUGAAUAAGGCUGGAUGUUUUUGCACAGCCUGUAUUUAAUAUUUAUAUCAUAUUUGUUUAGUUAGCCACUGACUUUUUCUAUUAUUGUAUGUUGUGUGUUGAGUCUGUUUAAAGUCUGACCGUUUUCUAUUUUAAUAAUUAUUCUAAUUAAAGCUUUUAAAAAAUUAAAUCGGGUUAGACUCUGGGUGUGUUUUGCUUCACACUUAACAUCUGUUUGUCAUAUGCUAGGGGUGGUAUUGGCUGGUGAGGCUGAAGGGUUUCUGCUUCUCCAUAGUGUGUGGGAGAGCAUAUUUGCAUAAUCAUGUCUAUAGAGCAGACAGCUCUAUGACACCAUGGUGUGGUGUUCUGUUACUCUUGCUGUUUAUGUGCAGCUCAUAGUGAUUGGAAUAAUGUGAGUUCAGCUGUGGGGUAAAUUGUCCCUUCAGGCAGGGGGAUGGAAUCUUGUUUUUUCCUACCCCGGUGAUUGUAUCAUAUCACUGGAGUGUGGCUAACUUCGGACUGUCUGAAACUAUAACUUGCAUCAUCUUCUAAAGACAUGUCUGGAAUUUAAAAGUUAUAACCUUGGUAAAAGCAAGAACAAUUACCGGAAUAGCAAUUGUAGCUUUUGAGGAUUAGCCUUCCUCCUACCACUCAUUCCAUGUUGAAUGGAUUUUCCACAAAGCAGUUUAAAGUGACCCUUUCUCUCUCUUUUUUCUCUUUUUAAAUUAACCCACCUUUCUUUCAAGUUUGGUCUUCAAGGCACCCUACAAAUCAUUUUUUUAAACCAGCUUCAAAUAUACAGAAGAGCAGCUGAAAUAAUAAUCAUAUCUGUAUUAUUUGCCAUCAGAGAAUCAGGACAAUAAGACAGCCUUUGUUUGGCAUAGAAAAUAUUAUAAUGUUGGUGCUAGGCAAAUAUGCCUGUGGUAGAAGUUCCACAGUCUGGGUACCACUGGACAAAAGAUCCUGUCUCUGGCUAUUUGAUGACUGUCCAUCUUAAAUGGCUAUUUGUCUUCACAUUCACACUUAUAGAUAGAUCUUCCAGUUCUGCUUUGUGUAACUCAAAACUUUGUAAUUUCAAUCGCUGAUUGUAAUAUCUCAGCUUUCUCCCUAUUAGAAUGCAAGUAUUUAAAACUUUCAUACAUCCUCCAAUUCUUGGCCCAGGAUGCAGGAAGUGCCAAGUGCUCUGCCUCUUAUAUAGUGUUCAAUAAUGGUUUUAAAUAGCUCUGGAUGCUCAUUAGUUUGUGUUCCCAGGAAAUACAGUGGUUUAUGAUUGGCUUCUGUUUACAAAGCCACAGCUGUGUUAGUUUACUUCCCACAUGAAAAUUACUACAAAAAAGUCAGUAAAUUCCGUUACUAAUAAUACACAUUGAAGUUGCUAACGAGAUAAAAGAUGUCAGUGAUGGUGUGUCUCUGAUACAGUCGGUACAAACAAAUAAUUGGAAACAGAUGAACACCACAGAAAUGUGGGCACACAAAUCUUAAAAUAUAUUGUGCACAGAUUAAAAAAAAAUUCAUAUUCAUAUUCCUUUGGUUUCCUCUAGCAGGGCUUUGAAAUGGAUGUUUGUGCCACACAGGAACUUAAAAAAAAUACAUGUCUCUAUACAAGGUAUGGCAUAGAAACAAGGAAGGUACCAACAACAUGGUCAUAUAAUACUUGAUCUUGUUUUGACACUGCUGGACUUUGUUUUUGUUAAGAUAUCUUGCCCACAACCAUAGUUAGCUCACUGACACACUGUUAUUAAGAUAUGCUUAAAAUCUAAAACAAAUAAACCUGUUAAUUAUGGGUUUGGCUCAUCUUGUAAAAUCAAUGAAGUACAGCAAAACAUUACUUAACUGUUUUGACCAUGUAAUAUAAAAUGUCUAAGUAAGCAGAAUGUUAAUGGAAAGAGGUCUAUCUUGGUUGGGAUUCUUUAUCCAGUAUAGAAACACUAGCCAAGAGAGACUUACCUAGAAGUAGCCCUGCUCUGUUGGAUCAUUCAGUGAUGUAAAUAAAAUCAUGCACAGAAGAGUUUUUCUCUGCUUAGAAGCCUGCUUCUUCAGAAGGAAAGUAAUGUCUUUGGGAUAAUGCAAGUUUGUUUUUGAAGAUCGGGGCAGGAAGAUACUUAGUGCCAUUGGAGGAGAGGUAGUUUUAGCACUCCUAGAUGUUGUAAUAUGCUUGAUUUGUUUUUGCUUUCCUGCUGAAAUUAAGUAAUUUAGUCUCAAGUCAAGCCACUUUUUCAGCUUUUCAUAGGGUUCUGAUCUGGGGAAAUCAAAAUUAGCCACCAGUAGUAUGACUACUACUGCUGAAAUACAGUGGUACCUCGGGUUACAGACGCUUCAGGUUACGCGUUUUCAGGUUGCGCACCGCGCCGAACCCGGAAGUACAGGAACAGGUUAGUUCCGGGUUUCUGCACAUGUGCAGAAGCUCCGAAUCGCAACCUGUGUGUGUGUGUGCAGAUGCAGCGCUGCAGUUUGCAAACACUGAGGGUUGCGAACGUGCAUCCUGCACGGAUCACGUUUGCAACCCAAGGUUCCACUGUAGUGGUGAGUAUAUUCUUGUAUGGCUGUUGAAAGCACCUAUUGGAUUAUGUCUGUGGUGACUUACACUUAUUCACAAGCAAACAUCCAGCGCCUAGAUGAAGUUGUGCUUCUACAAAACAAAGCCAACCAACAAGUUGCUGGUGUGCAGACCUUGUCAUCCAGAGCAUUGAUUUGUAUGGUAUUUAGGGAAGAAGUUAUAUGGGGAAGAAGUUAUAACUAUAAUGAGAGAAACAAAGUUAAAGGAAUUUCCCUCACAUUCCUGCUGGCUGCAUUGGUAUGUGUGGUUGUUUACCAUAAUUUGCAUGAGCUAUGUGUUGGUGUACACAGCUUGAGUGCUCCAGUUUUACUGCUUAAUUUGUCUAACUAGGAGCAACAAACCAUGAGCCUUGACUUGGUGUGAAAUUGUGCACAUUAGGAUAUAAACCAACUACACACCUUGGACUAAUCUUACCUGUGAAUACAGUCAACGUUUGCACAGUCAAGCUAUUGAUGCUGGAUCAGAGAUAGUGUCAUAGUAGUUGGAAAGAGAAAAUUAUUGUUUGCUCCACAGAAAUAACUGCAUGGUCGGUUAGUGGGGGGUUGAAAUGACAUGAGUAGUUCUGUAGUGUGACUUCAGGGAGUCCAUCUGUGAAAGUCACCCAUGUGCAUAUACAUAUAUAGUUGUGUUUGAUGAUCACAACUUAGAUCUCUUAUUGAGCCACUCUAAUUGCACUGGAGACCUGGAGGUGCCUCACUUAGAAAGUGCAGUGUUUUCUGAGGACUUUGGAUCCACUUAAUCUCUGAAGGUCUUUUUAGUGUUCCUUCCACCCACACAGAGUGCACUUUGCCACCUUUAUGCUCCCCACCCCAUGCUUUCAGAGGGAAAGCUGACCUUUGGAGAGUGUCCAAAUAGGCCCUGGCAACCAGUGGAUACUAUGAAAAAAUAGUUCUCUGUGGUUGUUGCCUUAUUGCAGCAGGCUGUUCAUGUACAGUAGCACACCAUGCCAUUGGAAACCUCUCUUGAAGUUUGUAGAAGAAGCAUCUCUGAAUUGUAUGUUCAUGUGGAAGGUGGCUAAGUAGCCAGGUGACAUCUCUGACAUGUUUUGCUCUUGUUCCCUGUUCCUGAUGAAGGGGUUUGAAUAGGACUUAAAAGCAUUUCUUUCUUUCUUUCUUUCUUUCUUUCUUUCUUUCUUUCUUUCUUUCCUAAUGAAAUAGGACAGCUACAGGGGACCGUAUCACUUAUACCAAUUCUUUUAUUUGUCAUCCUUUGGAACAAAAAUGGCAGUGAUGCUGAAGACUAAGCAAAAAGGUGCAAGGGAGCAAUAAUCAUUGCCAAGAUCUUCCCAUUUAUUUACUCAGCCCAUUUCUGCUUUGUACGCAUUUUAAAUGCCCGUUGUUGUUUUUUGUGGAGAAGCAUUUCCCUCCCACCCGCAACUUGAAUGUAAUAUCAGUGUGUCUUUUAUAGAGUGCUGUCGUAUACGUUGCUGUUUUUUGUUUGGAAAGACAAGCCCAGCUGUACUGCCAAUAGGGGGAAAAAACUGCUGGGUAAUGCAUUAUGUAUUCUUUAUACAGUACCCAGAAGCUCUUUGUGAACUUUGGACACACAAGAAAGAAUGCCCUGGCAUUACAACAUAAUUAGCAAGACCAAACAGUGUUGUUAGGGAAUAAACAGUCUCUCAUCUGAGAUGAAUUAAAGCCAAAACCGAGGUUGUCGUUUGGUGCCAGUUGUUCAAAUGUUACUAAAACUGUUCAUUUGUCCCCUUGAUAAAUUGGGGGGGAAUUUCCAACCAGUUAUGAAAUUAUUUGAUUAUGAAAUUCAUUGUGAAAUCUACAUGUUACAGACAUGUGUUUAGAAAGAAAUCUUGUCCUAAUAUCUUUACCCAUUGCAGUGAGAGAUUCUGAGCAAGUUGUAAAACUCUUCAUAGUUUUGUAUGCACGUGGUAAUUAAUCCUCAAAAUGACCUUCAAGGUUAUUUUCUUUUGGACUUUGUGAAAUGUGUUUGGUUUGAUAUUUCCACAAUAAAUACUUUUUUAUUUUAUUUUAAGAAAUAAGUUGUUGGCAACCAGGAAGAAAACAUCCUAGACAGAAAGCAGUCUAUUUACAGGUCACAUUUCCCCCACAUUUUUAUAUGUUGGGUUUUUUGUUUGUUAUCAAACAAGAUUUUUGUGAAAAGAAGCCUUUGUUUGCUUCUAGUGCUUGUUCCUUGCCUGAAGUUAUAAACCAACAUUCUUGGUAUUGUAGGGUUGCUAUAUGUCCUCUUUUUCCAGGACAUGGCCUCUUUUUCAUGGGUAUGUAAAAUAAGAGUUGUCAUAGCGAUCCAUAAUUGCUCUUCAAGAUAUGGCAACCCUAAAUGUUUCUCUGAAGCCAAAUGAUACGUCAUAAUCUUAUUUGGGGAUACAUAAAUGAUACAUAAAAAUAAACGUUUGGAUUAUAUGUUCAAGCAGAGAUUUUAACAUUACAAGAAAGGCCGUAAACAUCUUGUGUUACCUAUCAGGAUUUUCUUGGGUUUGUUACCUUCAGUUUCUUAUGCAGGUUCCUCAUGGAUAUUGUUGGUGUCCCAGCUCCCAUCAGCCCAGUCGGCAUGACCAGUGGUCCAGGAUCAUGGACAUUGUCAUCCAUCUGGAGGGCCACAUGUUUCCUACUCACACCUACUCUAGGUAGUUCCUUAUGUCCCCAAGAAAUGCUAGAAAGUGAUACUUCCUGGGUCAAUGACUUGUGCUAUUCCUAUUGCUGCUCCCUGUAGGAAGGAUGAAAUUGACCAUAUAGGUCUCCAAAGUUAUAGUAAGAAAGCCUAGAGUUGUUGUACAGGGCAGCAUUAGUGUAAUCAGCUGAUUUGAGAUUCUUUGCCAGCAUGACAGAACAUAUAUCCAUCCUGAUGAGAUCAGUUCAUGAUGAUCAUGCUGAAUAAUUUUUUGUACUACUCUGGAACCCAUUGGUCCUGUUCUUAGGACCAUCCAAGGAAUCCCUUUGUCAGGGUGCUAUUGCCUUCUAUAACCUGAGAACAUUGUUCUUUUGCAUCUUAUGGCCCCACGCUCAUUAGAUCCUUGAAUUAGCUUGACCAAAUUGGAUGUAGAGGUACAUACAGGCCUCCCUUUCCCUAUAAUGGCAGAGCCUCAUUGUCAAAUUGUGGAUGGUGGUAGAACUGGGCUUUGCUAUGCCCUAGGACAGGUAGGGGAUCUGUGGCCCUCCUGAUGUUGCUGAAUUAUAGCACUAAUCAGCCUGGCUAGCCUUCCCAAUGGUCAGGGAUAAUGUGAGUCACAAUUCAGCAACAUCUGGAUGACCACCAGUUAACUAUCCUGCUCUAUGAGGAUUCCUUCAUCCAGCCCAUGAUAAAUUGAACUGAAUCCAUCACAUUUAUGGAGUGUCUAGCUGUGACUAAGAAUGAGUCAGCUGAAGUUGCAUCUAGUCAAGACCAAGUAAAGAUAGUUGGCAAAAUUUGUAGUUGAGGCACUCAUCGUUAAUUGGGUUUUGGUCUAUCACGUGUUCUGUGUUUUUAUAACCUUUGACAGCCUCUUUUACUGGACCAAUCUCUGCAAGAGCAUUUAUAGAGCACGUUGGAUUGAGUGCUUUGUUUCAGAAAAAUACAUUUUCUUCCUCAUUUUGUAUUUCUCAAGUAUUCAAGUCCCCCGUUUUAUUCUCACUGUUGCAUUCCAACUACCCUCUGUUCUCGUAAUGCUAAUAGUUUUAUUGUGGAAUUUUGAUGACUCACACCUCAUGUUACUAUUUCUUAGAUAACAUUGUAGUCUGAACAAAAGUUUAUUAACUCUUCUACAAGUAGCACACAGGGGUUUUGUGCAAGUCAGUGGCAUACAAUAACUGCAUCUUUUAAAACUUCUAGACUGAAGUGUUCUUCAUGCUCUAUCUCAACUCAUGAUUGGGAAGGGUGUUAUUUGCUUUGCAAAUUUAACAAGCCUUUUUUAGAGUAUGACCAUCUCACAAUGCACUCGAGAGUUCCAAGGUGAUCUCUUUAUGCUAUUGAGUAUAGGGUGUUCAAAAUGAUGUUUCAAAAACAAGUGCCAACAGUGGUAAAUAUUUUUUCGUAGUACUUCUGUGCAAUUCCCAGCUCUGACAAAAUCUGUUAGCUAGCUGUUCUACAUCAGGGUUAGGAUGUCGGGUAUGCUGCUAAUCUUUCCAGAAAAAAAAGCACUCCUGUGCUGAAUAGACCACAUAAUAGCAAGUUUCAGUUCUGAAUUCAACAGUGGAUUAGUAGAAAAAAUGUAUAUCUAUAUAUCCCAGUGGGCUUUCACUUUAUUCUGUUUUAGAUGAAACCCGAUGUGACACAGAAAGUGCUAGUUGCUAGCAAAUAAUCCCUGGGUUUCAAACCAGCCAGACAAUAAACAACUCUAUAAUAUUCAGUGCUGCAGCUUCUGUAGAGCCCAUCUGUUUCAAAAUAAGCCUAAUUCUGCUUACUAUGCGGAAUGCUUUGUUGACUGGAGUUUGUCCUACUUUCCUCUAAUGUGUUGCCUGUGAGCCUCUGGUGCCAUCUCCUGGAACUCCUGAAGCAUGAUCAGCAUCUAAAUUAAUAUUGUUCACUAGAGCAGUCACUAUUUUAAUUCUUGAUGUUUAGAUGCAGUAGAAACCUCCCAUACAUACUAAGUGUAUGCUAAAUUCGAUUCCUUGUUUUUGUAUUUAGGCACAGAUACCUUUUACUCUGAAAAAUCAGAGCAUAUCUGACACAUUUGCUGUCACGUUUACAGUGGUCCGUAAGAAGUUUCCAGUCCUGAAUAAAUGUCAAUAAUUUUUCUUUAAUUAAACAUGUUAACUUUGCCAUCUCAGCCAAGUCCAUGAGUUUUAUCAGCCAUUCCUCUAUAGCAGGCAUAGUGUUCCUUUUUCUUCAAGGUGAUUAAUUAUUGUGUUUAAUCUAUCCUCCUUUCUGCCCAUUGUACUACACAAGUCUUGCUCACCUAAAGCAAUUGUGAGAUCUGAACUACAAUUAUUUGCUUAUGAACAUUUCUCAUUUCUGAUUAUUUCAGUCUUUCCUUCGUUCUCCUGGGUUUCUUGCUUCAAACAUCCAUAUAAGGAAAUUUUCCACCUUUAGCUGUCCCUUGCUAUCCUCAUGCUAGUAACUAAGGUUAUGGUCCAAGCAAAGUGGGCUUGGAAGGGCCCUACGUUUUGCAUAUUGAACUGCAUAUUGGCACUGUAGGCUGCAAUGUCAUUUUUUUAAAACACUCUUCCAUUUUGUGUAAAUAAAUAUUCUAAUUGUAGUAAAUUGUAUGGUUCUUGCUUAUUUCCUCUAAAUGAACAAGAUAAUAUUGACGUUAUUAUAAUUUUUAAUUUUUUAAAAAAAUUUAUACCCACCUUCUUCCCAGACGGGGCCUCAAGACGGUUUACAGAUAAAAAUAAGAGCAGCUAAAAACAUAGGGAAAAACAUAGUGUGAAUGCUUGAUUUGUUGUUUUGCUUUGCUCAUCUCCUUUCACAUAAUUCUCAAGAAGAUUUAUAACCAUACAAUAUAAACAACAAAAAUUGGUUUUAAAAUAAUACAACUAAACACCCAAGGCAGAGACAUUUAAACCAAACAGCCUGGCUCUUCAGCUGACCAUGCAGGGUUGGCAGAAACCUCAGAGAGCCACAGCUUCAUGCACAGUUCUGUCUCCUGUAUGCCUAAUAACUCUUCUGCUGGAUCAGGCAAAAGGUCCAUCCCAUUUCUAAUAGUAGCCUGCCAGAGGCUCAAGCAUAGCAACAAUGGCCCUCCCUGCUCUUCGUCCUCAGAAUCUGCUAUUCAGAGAGACAUUACUUGUGAACAUAGAUGUUUCAGUUAGCUGUCAGGUCCAUCCAUUACUAUUAGCUACACCUUUUACAAAUUUGUCUAGUCCUUUUUAAAGCUGCCUAUAAACUGUUGGUAGUCAGCACAACUUGUAAUAGCUAAUGCAAAGGUACAAAUCUUAGGUCCACCAUCACUCUGGACCUAAAAUGACCUCACUGCCCAAUUGUUUUUCAAAAUCAAAAGACCAUGACUCUCUGAGCCAUCCUUCUUCACUUACUUGGAUGGUCACCCUAGUUGACAAAAUCAUAGAUGUGUAGUUGGGAAGAGGAGCUCACCUCUUCCCUGCUUUAGGAAGUCCCAGUAUCCUGUUGUUCUCAUGAAAUUGAAUUGCAGCUUAGCUCGUCCAUAAACUGCUAGCAAUUGCUGCUUGUUCUUUUUUUCCAAAAUGAUAAUUGAACACAGACAGUUUUUUUUAAAAUAUUCAGGCAACACUGCAUGGCCACAAACUAUUUGUUCCACUGGAAAUUCCUUUCAGCGAUAGAAGAAAUUACUUUGAGAGUGAGAGCUUAAACUGAACUUCUUUUCUCUUCUUGGGGUUGGAAAAUUUGAUGGCUACUACUGGAGUGUCUUCUACUGGAGACAAAAAGAGAGCACUGACUGAAAACUAGUGUGGGAUAUGAGGUGUGUAUGGUGUGGUGGUCACCCCUUUUUAUUACAGCAGUUGAUGCAAUUCAUCACAGAGAAGCCAAUGUAAGAAAUUUCAAGGGGACGGGUGUCAUAUUGAUGAGAAAGUGUAAAUUGUUCCAUUGACAAGUGUUUCUUUUGACUCAGAAUUGUUACACAUACUAUAAAGCCUAGUAUAUUAGCAGCAGCAACUUUCUGACCUAACGUUAUAAAACUAUAUGUUAAAAAUCCUCAGAAAUAUGCCUGUUGUAGAUUUCGGAAGAUGACAGUGAUUGGUAUUUGCUUUUCUUAACAGGCCCAAGACAUUACGGCAAUGAAAGGAGACCCUACGGCUUCUGGCUUCCACCAGAAGAGCCAUCAGUUGAAGAACUUAGAAGGCAAAGACUUAAUCGAUUUGAGAGGUGGUAA